GCUUUUCUUCUCCAUUCGUUAUAUAUCCAAGCACCACAAGGAGACGGUAAAGGGGAAAUUAAAGAGGAUUCUUCUUCAUCAUCUUCCAUAGACGAGACCUCCAAUAAUCUCCAUGGCUUUCGGGUUUUUCGCUACUUGUAUGACUGCAAUUUUGCGAUUCAAAGCUUCGCUUGAGGAAUCCAUCAUUAUAAAUAAAGUAAGUAUGUGGAACUGUUUAGGACAUCAAAAAGGAAAAUCUAUUGUUAAGAGAAAAGAUGGAACAAAAAAUAUUAUAGGACCAAAUCGUCCAAUUUUCGUGUUAUUUGGAUCAUCAAUAGUGCAAUUAAGUUGCGACUUACAUGGUUGGGGUGCAAGCCUCACAAACCUUUACUCUCGCAAGGCCGAUAUUUUCUUGCGUGGAUAUAAUGGUUGGAACUCAAGGAUGGCUCUUAAUGUUUACAAGCAAAUUUUCCCUAAGGAUGCAAAAAUUCAUCCUUCUCUUGUCAUAUUUUAUUUUGGUGGAAAUGAUUCAGCAGAUCCUAAAUUUCCUUUAGGCCCAAAUGUCCCUCUUGACGAAUAUGUUGAAAAUAUGAGGAAGAUUGCACUCCAUAUAAAGUGCCUUUCGGAAAAGACUCGUCUAAUUAUGCUAAGCGCUCCGGCAGUGAACGAGAAACAACUUGUUGAAUAUUACGGGGAUAAUCGAGGUAGAACAAAUGAGAGAGGUAAAAUAUACUCAGAAGCUGGUAUUAAAUUAGGCCAACAAUUAGGCGUGCCGGUUAUCAAUCUUUGGUCAGCCCUUUACGAACGCCCUAAUGUCUUCAGGGAUGGAAUGCAUUUAACAAAAGAAGGAAGUGAGAUUGUGUUCAAUAAACUCAAGGAUGUAAUAUCAAUGGCAGAGUGGGAGCCAAGCCUAGAUUGGAACAAAAUGCCUAAUGAGUUUGCCAAUAUAAAUGGGUGAAGGAGAGGAUAAAAAGGGGC